UCUGCUGUGAAUGAGAUUAUGAUUUACUGCAACGCUGUGUCCACAUGACCAUUGACUAACAGAAGAUGGUUUAAAACUUGGCUUUGAUGUCAAACAGUUAUCUAUCAUGGCAGAUAAAGAGGAGUUAAGGAUAAGAUUGAAGAAGCUGCUGGUGAGACUGAAUCUACAGGAGGGAAAGCAGUUGUGUACUAUGGUCCAGAUCUUACAGGACCUCCUGUUCCUGUCCCAUACAGAUGACUGUGUUGAGCUGUUUGCUGAUCAAAAUGUUCACGUGUCUCUGAUGCUGGUGCUGUCAACUCAUUUUAACAGCAAAGUUCAGCAGGUUGGGUGGUCUCUGUUGUGUCGUCUGAUGGAAAUCUGUCCCUCAACUUUGGACAAACUGGCAGCCCCAGCGGACCUUGACUUGAUAGGGGUGCACCAGCAUAUACUGAAGAUGCUGUCCAUGUAUCAUAAAGAUGCCAAAAUGAUGAUGGUCGGUCUCAGAAGUCUGGCUCUCUUACUGAAGUCAGAUGAGAUUGCGAUGCAAGUUCUGGAUGAGGAAGAUAUAGACGUGUUUUUCCUGGUUCUGAGGGCAAUGAGGUCAUUCAGUGACAGUGAAGAGGUUCAGCUGCAGGGAUGUGGUGCUCUACAACUGCUCCUUCAGAGAGUUUCAGAAGAUCAUCUGCUGGAGUUCAUUGAGAAGAAGGACCAUGAGGUGGUAAUGAAUGCUCUCAGCAGGUUUAUAGACAGUGAAAAUGUGGUCCUCCAAGCUUUGAGGGUCCUCAUCGUGCUGGCGGCUCCAGCAAGCAAUGUUGAGAUACUGAUGUCCAAACCUGUCAAGUGCUACACUUUGAUGUGUCGGGCCAUGGAAGCGUGGCUGGAAUCUGAGGCCAUACAGGAGGCUGGAUGCUGUUUGUUACAGAAAUUUACAUCAGAGAGUUACUAUAAUAUCUUGGUGCUGAAUGGAGUCCACAGAGUAGCUAUGAAAGCUUGCAUCUCUUACCCUGAAAAUGCAACAGUACAGGCUGCUGCUCUGUCUUGUCUGAGCAUGCUCGCCGAGUCUAUUGUUCAGAAUGAAGGUCUGGACAGAGAGUUCAGUGAGGAGGACAAGGAACAAGAAAUGUUUGUAAGGAAAGAAAACAGCUAUGUGGAGGAAAGUCUUAUAUGGACAGAAACCUGUUACACAGCUUUUGAGCGACAUGCCGAUGAUGCCACAGUACAGGAAGCUGCUUGUUGGGCCUUAAACAGCUUGCUGCUCCAUUGCAACACUUCUAGUUAUGUGGAUUUAGAAGGAAGGCCUCCUCUUCAUAUCCUCAUUAUGGCUUCAAUGUUGUUUCAUUCAUCGUGUGUGCCGGUGUUCCAAGCUGCUUCAUGCACACUGCGCACACUUAUACAGCACAACAGUAGGAUGAGAGCUCAGCUGUUGUCUCACGGCAUACAUUUCAACAUUGUGAAUUUGAUGAAGAAACACUCAAACUCCAGCGAAGUGUGUGAAAGUGCCUGCAAACUGCUUCACACACUCUUCCAGGGAGCGAGAGCUGGUCUAGAUGAAGGGGAAUUGGUUCUGCGUCAAAUUCUGAGUGCUCUUAAGACACACAACUUUCUUCCUGAAGUCCAGCUGGAGGGGUUCAGAGCAAGUCUAGUUCUUCUCAGUCCGGACAGGAGUUUAAGGGAAAAUGGCAUUUCAGUGGCGGAUCCUGACAUUGUGGAUGUGUCCCUGCGGGUGCUCAAGAACCAGUGUGUGCUAGAGGGAGCUCAUGCUGUAUAUCUAGAGGCACUAAAUAGGUUUAUCAACAGCGAGGACAUUCAGGAGUGUGGGCUUACUGUUCUCACCACUUUAGCUGAAUGUUUUGGUGCUGUUGACCUUAUGUGCCAGCAGGGGGCAAUAGACACUGUCCUCCACACACUGCAGAUGUUUCCACUGAAACGUGAUAUUCACUACUGGGGUCUAAGCCUCCUAUUUCACCUAAUCUCCAAGAAGAAACUUUCUCGUAUUAUGGUUCCGGUUCUGGCCUCUGUUGUGGUCAGCUCUGUACGGCAACACAAAGAAGACGCAAGCAUGCUCCUCAAGGGAUUUCAGGUGGUGUGGAAGUUGUUGGACACUUGUUCUUGUGCUGCAGCAGAGCUCCAGAAAGAGGGGUUUGAGAAAGAAAUCUUUCAGAUCUUGAGAGAGAACAGCGCAGACCAGCGCAAAGAUCCAUUACAGGGUAUCAGCUGCUUGUGUCUGUUGAAGAUGGUGGCAGACAGUGAGAUCAUGUACAUGUUGUUGGAGAGGGCAUGUGAAGACGGUGAUGUGGUCAUGACGGAGUGUCUCAUACAGCUGGGUGCUGACAUCAACAAGAAAACCAAGAGUGAUUCUCUCAUAAAUCAGGUCUGUGCUCGUGGGGCUCCUUUAGCCCUGCUUGAGCUGCUGGUUUCAGCAGGCGUCCAUGAGCAGCAGCUGCGCAGUGCUUUGGCCGCAUGCGUCAGGAGAGGAGACGACCCCGCGGUCACCCUCCUCCUAAGCCGUCUGGGGCUGGACCACAGCAACAACGCCCUCUGCCUUGGGAGCUUCCGUCUUGGGCACAUUAAGGCGAGCUGGCUUAGCUCUCUGCUGUCUGAGCGCAAGACCAUCCCACCAGCCAACGCCAGGAACAAUAAAGGUCAGGCAUUGGCCAGACAGAUCCUGUUAUUCCAUAGGAGAAAGGGCUUUGUGGGAGUUACUAGACACCCCAGUGAUGUCAGCACAUCAGGAUAUUACACAGAUGAGGAAAGCGACGACUCUCACAUGUCUUUAGAUGACAGCUUGGCCUUCAUACGUGAUGAUAUGGAGAGUGAUGGGAGUGAUGGACCUUCACAUGGGUCAUUUCUUCACUGUGAUUCACCAGAAGUAAGCAGAAAACCUGCUUUGAGACAACACAGUCAACGUAGGCGUGCCAGUUCAGAGGGAUACCAUGGAGACACCAAUCCAAGCGUCCCUCAGAAGUUUGGCUGGAACGCUUACAAUAGAGGGUCAACUGAAAUCUCUUCUCCCACCGCUGUUUCUCUGGGCAUUGACAAAGAACCCAUUCGUCUGCUGGAUCUGUCAGGAAAUGAGUUGGACGAUCUAUCUUGUUUACUGGAUGAAAGCUCUGUCAAACAGCAGAUUGAGAACCUCUUUCGACUGGAUUUGAGUAGCAACAGGCUGUCUGAGGUCCCCAGCGCUCUAUGUCAGAGUCUACGAAGUUUGACGCGACUUGAUCUCCAGUGUAACCAGUUGACGUCACUUCCUGCUGAACUUCUAGGCCUUCCCGCACUGAGCAUGCUCAAUGUGUCCCGCAACCAAAUUGGUCCACUUCUAUUGCUAGACCCAACUGUGCACUGCCCAACCUUACGGCAACUAAAUCUGUCGUUCAAUCAGAUCACUGUCUUCCCCUUCCAACUAGGUCAGACCACAGACAAACUAGAAGAGCUCUCGUUGGAGGGAAAUCAAAUAUCAGAACUGUCUUUACCUCUGUCUCUAUCUGAACUGAGAGCUUUAGACGUCAGUAAAAAUCAAGUUAGACUGAUUUCAGAAAACUUCCUGACAGAAUGUCUCAAGAUGGAGACAUUUAAUGCUUCAGUUAACCAAAUCAGUUCAUUUUUGCACCUUCCUUCAAAAAUAACCACUCUAAAACUAGCAGAGAACAGUUUUACAAGCAUUCCUGAAGUAAUUAUCAGCCUGCCGAGCUUGCGUUCAUUGGACAUGAGAAAUAACAGCAUCAGUGUUCUGCCGGGUCCGGGCGUGUGGGCCAGUGGGAAUAUGAGAGAGCUGAUGUUCAGUCAUAAUCACAUCACUGUACUGGAUCUCAGCGGUCCUGUGUACAAAUGGGCUCGACUAGAGAAACUCCAUCUGAGGUCCAACAGACUCGCUGAGAUUCCUCCUCAGAUCGGUCUGCUGGAGGACCUGACCUCUCUGGAUGUUAGUCAGAAUAAAGAUUUGCGCUCUUUUCCGAAUGAGAUGGGGAAACUGGUACGUUUGUGGGAUUUGCCUUUGGACGGCCUGCAGCUCCAGAUGGACCUCAAACACAUCGGCAGCAAAACCAAAGACAUUAUCAGGUUCCUGCAGCAGCGUUUGAAGAAAGCUGUCCCUUAUUACCGCAUGAAACUCAUGGUGGUGGGUAGCCCAUGCAGUGGGAAAAGUUCUUUGAUCCAGCAGCUCAUGAGGCUCAAGCGCUCUCAGUGGUGGUCCAAUCGACAGUCAACGGGCAUCAGUGUCAUAGACUGGACCAUCAGAAACAAAGACAGGAGGAGCAUGCUGCUUAACGUGUGGGAGUUCUCAGGUGGUGAGGAGUGCAGUGGAUGUCACCCUCAUUUCAUGAGCUCUCGAGCUCUGUAUCUCGUGCUGUAUGACCUUAGUAAAGGGCCGAGUGAGAUAGAUAGCAUCAAACCCUGGCUCUUUAACAUUAAAGCUGAAGCUGGUCAGUCUCCUGUGAUUGUGGUCGGUACUCAUGCAGAUUUAUGUGAAGAGCGCCACCUGCAGGACUGUGUGUCAAAGCUGCGAGAGGAGCUGAUGUUUCAGCAGGAGUUUCCAGUGAUUAAAGAGAACCACAUGCUUUGUGCCUGUGAAGAGUCUGAAUCUAUCAGCAAAUUACGCAAAGCCAUCUACAAAGAGCUCAUUGCAUUUAAGAUCCAGGGUCAGCCGGUAAUGGGUCAGCUGAUCCCAGACUGUUAUGUGGAGUUGGAGAGGAGAGUUUUGCAGGAGAGGACCCGUGUCCCAGCUAAAUUCCCAGUGCUCAGACAUAGCAGACUGCUGGAGAUCAUACAAGAAACACAACUGCAGCUGGAUGAGGGAGAGUUACCGCACGCUGUUCAUUUCCUCAGUGAGGCCGGUGUCCUUUUGCACUUUGAUGAUCCAGCGUUGCAGCUAAAGGACUUGUACUUUAUUGACCCACAGUGGCUUUGCAACAUCAUUUCACAGACGUUGACAUUGAGGAGCUCAGGUCAGUGGGAGAGCGCAAGAGGGGUGGUGCAGCGUUCCACCAUAAAGGAGUUUCUGGAGAAAAGCCGCUGUUUCCCUCAAGACCAACUCACCCAGUACUUCAAACUGCUAGAAAAGUUCCAGAUCGCAUUGCCAUUCGGAGAUGAUCAGCUACUUGUACCCAGCAGCCUCUCAGAUGACAGGCCCGUGAUUGAGCUUCCUUACUGUGAGAACUCAAAGGAUAUUGUUCGCCUCUAUGAGAUGCCCUAUUUCCCCAUGGGUUACUGGUCCAGACAGAUCAGCCGCCUGCUGGAUAUGUCAUCAUUCAUGCUGUAUGGGAGAGAGAAAGCGCUGAGGCCAAACCGCAUCUACUGGAGAAAGGGCAUCUAUCUGAGUUGGUCUGCUGAAGCAUAUUGUCUGGUGGAGGCCUCGUCCCUGGAGGAAAACCCGGCUAGCUUCAUUAAGAUCACGGUCCCCUGCUCUCGCAAAGGUCGUGUGUUGUUGGGACAGGUCGUGGAUCACAUUGAUUCUCUGCUGGAAGAAUGGUUUCCAGGUCUCCUCGCCACUGAUGUUAACGGCACUGGCGAGACGCUACUAAAGAAAUGGGCUCUUUACAGCUUUAAUGAUGGACAAAACUACCAGAAGAUCCUACUGGAGGAUCUGCUUUCCUAUAUUAAUCCAGAUGGAUUACUGGUGAACCCAGAAGAUCCCAGUUGUACUCUGCCCAUCUCUCAGAUAUCUCCAGAUCUGGUACUAAGUGACCAGCCAUCCAGCAUCAUACUGGAUCCAGAACAGCUGGAGAUGGAGCUGUCUGCAGAGUAUCUGCUGGGUGAUGGAGGUUUCGGGUCUGUAUAUAAAGCUGUAUACAAGAAUGAAGAGGUUGCCGUGAAGAUUUUCAACAAACAUGCAUCUGCACUUUAUGUUCACCGGCUGGUGCGACAGGAACUGAUAGUACUUGGGAAACUGCAGCACCCCAGUCUGGUUGGGCUGUUGGCCGCCGGGUGCAACCCUCACAUCUUGGUGAUGGAAUUGGCCCCGUGCGGUUCCCUGGACUUGCUCUUUGAGCGGAAAACAUCAAGUCUUAGCCGGAAACUUCAGCACAGGAUAGCACUACACGUGGCAGACGGUCUUAGAUAUUUGCACGCUUCAAUGAUAAUCUACCGGGAUCUGAAGCCACACAAUAUUCUCCUGUUUAACCUGAAGACAGACUGUGAGGUCAUCGCAAAGAUUACAGAUUAUGGCAUAGCGCAGUACUGCUGCAGUAUGGGCGUCCGCAGCUCAGAGGGAACCCCAGGCUUUAGAGCACCUGAGGUGGCUCGGGGAAAUGUCAUCUAUAACGUCCAGGCAGAUGUGUACUCAUUCGGCCUGCUGAUGUAUGACCUAUUGACCUACGGCGAGCGCAUUUCAGAUGGGAUGAAGUUUCCCAGUGAGUUUGAUGAGGUGGCUGUACAGGGAAAGCUACCAGAUCCAGUGAAAGACUAUGGCUGUUCGCCGUGGCCGGGGUUCGAAUGCUUGAUGAGGGACUGUUUGAGAGAAAACCCCCAGGACAGACCCACUUCCAUUCAGGUGUUCGACCGUCUGAACUCUGCAGACAUGCUGUGUCUACUGCGAGAGCGGACCGUGUUGGGUUUACCUGGCGAGUGUUUGGCUGUCUCCUGUUCAGCGGGAGAAAAAGAUGCCCGUGUGUGGAUCGGGGGCGGCAGCAGUAGCCAAAAGCUGGGCUGUGUUACAUCACUGGAUCUUGAGACGGGAACAAGCUUACAACAGGAGAUUGACAGCAGUCCUGUUCUGUGUCUGGUUAUGGUUCGAGCUCCAGGGUCACAGCAUGACUGGUUAGUUGCUGGUACUCAGUCGGGUUCACUCUUUAUUAUGGACACAAAGAGUGCAGAGAUUCUUCACUGUCUGAAGAGCGUAAAGGACUCUGUAACAUCUCUCUACUUCCACAGUGACCUUCAGCACAGAUGCCAAAAGAGUUACCUGUUAGUGGGGACAGCAGAUGGAACGCUAGUCAUUUAUGAAGAUUCAGUCUUAAAGACGGUGAAUGGCACUCCAGUAAAAACGCUGCAGGUCGGUGACGUGAGGACACCUCUGAUGUGUCUCGGCCCAUCCAGUCACUUUCAGGAGCGCAGAGCCCUGUGGGCAGCGUGCGGUACUCGGGUGAUCUCCUUCACGGUGGAAUAUGACAUCUGCAAAAGCAUAGACACCAAACCCAAACAGCUUCUUCUGCACCAUGGUCGAAUCAGCGGUGAUGCGUGUAUAUUACGUUUAGCGGUGGACAAACACGUGUAUGUGAGUAAAACAGGAAGCAACAUUGUGGAGGUCUGGGACAAGAAGACUGAGAGGAUGGUAAACCUCAUCGACUGCGCACAAUUACUUGGACACGAUUCUGCCAGAAAGGUUCAAAGUGAAGACACCGUCAAAUCACUGCUGGUUCAGCACAGCGGUACUCUUUGGAUCGGGACCAGGGCAGGACACAUCCUGUUAGUGGAGACCUCUAGCUGUCAACUGCUGCAGAGCAUCAGCCCACACUGUCACUCCAUACGCUGCAUGAGUUCUGCCACGCUCGAAACACUAAACCGAAGCAGUGUCGUUCUAGUCUUGGGUAGGCGGCAACGGAUGCAAGAAUAUCAAACCAAAACACCAUCAGGUCAGGAUUCAGUUCUGAUGGUGUGGAGCGGGUCACUUCCUCUAGAGGUCAAAGAUCUGAGCAGGCACCAAGAGCUUCGACACAACGUCACCAGCAAAGCGAGAGAGACACUUCAUGACUGAAUCUCACGUCUGCCUGUGUGUCACUUCCUGUGGUAUUACUUGCGAUACGCAACAACUGUUUAUGCUGUAAUGACAAAGGGACCCAUGUAAAAAUACAGUUAUGAUUUGUCAUUGUGUAUAGGGAUGCACCGAUUCAUCAGAUUAUUUUUUUAUAGAAACAGCUUCUAUAUAGCUAUAGAUUGUUAUGUUUACAUUAUAUGAACGGGAUAUUUCACCCCAAAAUUAAAAUUUUAUCAUCAUUUAUCACCCUCAGUUUUUUUCUGCUAAACACAAAAUAAGUUAUAUUUAAAUAAAUGGUCAUAACCACAACCAAAUACUGUGGAAGUGAAUGAGUAAUGUCAAUUGUGUGCUUUGUCAUUUUUUAAAAAUAUCUUCUUUUAAAAACUUAUACUGGACAAUAUGAGAGGAAGUGAUGACACAAUAUUUUUAUUUUGGGGUGAAUUAUCCCUUUAUACAAACUAUAAUGAAAGUGGCGAACACUAAACACUUCAGUUAGCUUAUCAUUUUUAUUAUUUUAAGGUUUUUCAUUUAUUUAUUUGCGAUAGUUAAGCCAUACAAAACAGGAGACGGACAUUCUUUAGCAUAGCAUCUUUAAAAAAGACUUUUAUACAACUUUACUAUAGUAACAACUGUGUUCACCAAAAUGCACUAUAAUUACUAUAAUAAUGUUUUCAUUAGUGACCGUGUCUGUGAAAUCCAGGUUCAUAAACUAAUGAUGAGAUUCAGAGCAUCAACGUUUGAUUUCACAUUGAUUUCAAUCAAUUACUGAGUCAAUAUUACAGAUAUCAAGAUUACAUUUCACUGAAUGUUCUUUACAUUAUGUAAAAUGAUUUUAUGUAGAAAACAGUAAAUCCGGGUUUAGCCGGGUUUUCACAGACUGGGUCACAUUUAUGCACUUGAGAAGCGCUUUAUCCAAAGUGACACAGUACAAUCAAGUUUUGUUUUUAUGUGUUUUUUGUGUAUCAUGAUCUUGGUUAGUUAGCUUCUGCUCUGUCUGUUAAUCUAAAGGAGCAAUUAUGGUAAAAAUGAUGCACAGAAUUUGUGAUUUUACCUGUUGUAAGUGUAUGCUGUUGUAACAAUACUGUACAUUCAUGCAUUUGGCAGACGCUUUUAUCCAAAGUGGCUUACACUGCAUUAUACAUUUCUUUUUUUCCCCAGUAUGUGUGUUUCCUGGGUUUGAACCCAUGACCUUUUGCGCUGUUAAUGCAGUGUUCCACCCCUAAGCUAUAGAAGAGCACCUGCUUGUGUUCAGUGUUUCUGAGGGACUUCAUGGGUUUUACAGAUUUGCUAAUGAAGUCAUUAAAUCUCUGAGCAUGCUUUUGCAUGCGUGUGAGAGUUGUUUUAUAUGAAAUCUAUAAUGUGAAUUAAGGAAAUGACCAUUCAAAUCUGAUAGCUGUAAACUUAAAGUUACACUUUGCAUAUAUAAGACCACAUUAUGAUCUUUAAUGACCGCAAAAGCCAGUAGUUUUUACAAUGUAUUUAAGCUCCACAAACUGGAGAAUAAGGCAUUGAAAAAGAUUUGACAGCUACAUUGAUUUGAAUUAUACUUGCACUUUGUGCGUGCACGUGUGUUUGUGUUUAUGUGAAACUUUUGUCCAGCCAUCUUGGCAGGACUCCCUGGAUAAGAAGAUGCUUAUAAUCUCAAUGGGACUUUCCUGGAAAAAUAAAGGAUACAUAAAUAAAAAUGAAUAAAUACAUUUUGAUCAUUGGCAACAAUUGUUUGGGUCAUUCUUGUUA